AUGUCGAGAGCAUUUUCAACCGCAGCCCAACAGCUAAAGAAGCUGGGAUGGACUCUUAAUGGCACAACCGCUGAUGUUGCUUGGGCACAACGAACUGCAGAAAAGGCAGUAGACAAGGCCCAUGGACUCGGUGGCAAAGUCGAUAGUGGUGUUGUACAAGGCAACCCUCAUCCAACACCUAAAACCGGGGAUCCUUACCAUUGCUCUAUUACUAUUGGAAAGGGGGACGUAAAGGGAAAAAACCGCGUUGUGUCAGCACAUGUGUAUCCUGACGGCACUGUUGCGUUUUCGAAGGAUUUCGGAACGGUCAAAGUCGAAAGAGACCCCGAAGCUCCCGAGGGAGAUGGAAGUGCCAUGUAG